AUGAAGGCAGCUGACACAGCCGUGUCGCCUGCCGCAGCUGCAGCUGCUGUUGGUCUCCCCGAGAUCGGAGGAAAGAGGGGUCAACUCAGCAGCAGCUCCUCCGUCUCCCCCUCCGCUGCGGCUGCCUGUCGCAAGGGCUGCUUUGUCAGCACGCGGCUCUCAGGAGUGGUGUACAGCCACUGGUGCUGCUGCUCUUCCUCAGGCCCCAGUGACGAGCUCGCAGGCGCUGCAUCCCCUCCUUCUGCCUCCUCUGCUUCUUCUGAAAUCAAAGACGAUGCUUCGGAUCGGCGUCCCCCACCGUCGCCAUGGCGUGCAGCCGCACCGUCAGCAAAGGGCAAGAAUGCAUCGUUCCCACUGGGUGCCCCCUUCCGGCUGCCUGCAGCAGCUGCAGGGGAGCAGGCCGCUAGCGGAGCGGGAAGUGCAGCAGGGGACUGUAUGCAAGGAAUGCGAGGAGGCCCUCAACCGAGGGCGCAGGAGUUUCCUGCACGCCCACGGACUCCUGAGACCUCUCAUGCCUGCUCUGCUGAGUUUUUUUAA